GAAAGCAACACACCCCCUCCCCGUUCCGAAGAGGCUGGGGGAGGAACUGCUAAGGGUAAAGAGGCGUUAGAGUUGAAUUUCAACAUAACGUCGUCUUCGACCCUUCAACGGAGGAUCUUAAAAAGCCCCAAACUAAAGGCAGGCCGCAAAAAACGCAAUUGAACUUCAGCAGCCAUGGGUGUAGAAGGGGGAAUGAAAUGUGUGAAGUACCUGCUCUUCUUCUUCAACUUCAUUUUCUGGAUAUGCGGCCUAGCAUUGAUUGUGGUGGGAGUUGUGGUUCAGGUGAGACUGAACAAAUCCUUAAUGAUUAGUGAUACAUCAUCCUCGGCAGUUCCCAUCCUCCUCAUUGUCGUUGGAGUGGUGAUUUUCUUCAUCGCCUUCUUCGGCUGCUGCGGCGCCUGGAAGGAGAACUACUGCAUGGUCACCAUGUUUGCUAUCCUUCUCACACUGAUCAUCAUUGUGGAGAUAGCUGCCGUAAUCACUGGAUAUGUCUUCAGGAAUAAAAUCUCAAAAGUUGUGCAGGACAGCCUUAGUGACAUGGUUACCAAGUACAACACCACGUCAGAAGUCAGGAAAAGCUUGGAUGAAAUACAGAAGAGCUGGAAGUGCUGUGGUGUGAACAGUUCUGCUGACUGGAUUGGCUUCCGCUCCGAUCAAAACUCCGUGCCUGACUCAUGCUGUGUGAACAUCACCACCAACUGUGGAAUCGGGCACAUGAAAGACUCCGCUAUAGUCAACCAGCAGGGUUGUGCUGUUGCUCUGGAGAAAAUACUGAAGGACAACAUCCAGUGGGUCAUAGUUGCUGCUCUUAUUAUUGCUUUCCUGCAGAUUAUGGGCAUUGUGUUCGCCUGUAUGUUGAUGAGAGGCAUCCGCAGUGGCUACGAAGUCAUGUGAUUCAGCUUCACGCCUGAGCAGCAGCUGCACUCAGCCAGCUCAGGUCGCGCUUAUUGGGAGCUUCAUUUGUAAAUUCAAAUUAUAUUUGGCUUAAUUUUUAGAUAUAAUACACAGAACAAUGUUUUUCCCUGUAUCCACUUUUAGAUUAUAUUUUCAUAAGUUAACAUCUCUGCUUCUAAACCUUGUGCGGAAACCAAAAUGGUAGAAUAGGUUGGUAUUCACUUCAUUGUUAGUAUGUUAGUCUAGUUUCACAGCUUUUGCUUGUUCUGGUAGCAACUUUGGAUGCUGACUUUAUAUAUUGCUGGUUUCUGUUUUUAUUAAAGAGCUUUAGAGCCCUUUCCAAA